AUGGUCAUGGUUAUAGCUAAGGCCCAUAAUCUCCUGGACACCAUUAUCCAUGCAUCAUCAGCACGGUUUAUAAAGCUUGCAGCUAUUCGUCUGAGUCCCUUUAAAGCGCUUUUAAAUAGCUGGAGGUAAUACAAUCUCCCUGGCUUAGAGCCUGAUCAUUUUUCUCUGCAACCUGUGCUUUGUAUAAUGUUGUGCGCAGUUUAUGAUGGUCUGCCGUGGGUUUGGACAUGCACCAUCACCUUACGGCAUCUGUUGUUUAACUCUGCUCAAAGGGGGCUUCCCGGCAGUUAGUUCCAUUUGUGCAGGUCACUUUAGGCACAGCAUGGGAAGAAUGGGCGCAAACUGGAGCAAGGUAGCUGGAGUGGUAGUCAGCUGUGCUGUUUCAGAACUGUGCAUACCUCUGCUUCCGUAGUCACUGCCUUUGAUCUAAACUGCAGUGUAUGUACAGUCUGAAACUCUCAGUGCUGUGAAACCACUGGAAGAAGGAGCUUCAUAUUUCACUCAACUUCUACUUGCACAGAAGUAUUUAAAAAAAAGAAGAAGCUCUUAUUAAAAUGGAAUCAAACUUUACCUGGAGCAUGAGCCAUGGUUGCCAUCAAUUCUGAAAUUCAAAGGCUAGGCUGACUUUCAAACGAUCUGCCCUACAUUCACCUUGCUUUUAAGUUUCUCCAUGCUAAUUUCAGGGAAAGCUGCCCCUCAAGGAUGUAAUCUCCUAAUAUUUCAUAUUAAGACUUCAUUUUGAGCAUCCUUAGCAUACUGCAUAGCAGUUUCAUACCACUGGAAGCCGAACAUAAUAAUACUGGUAAGAUGAUUUUGCCUCCUGGACAAAUGGAGAGUGAUCGCUUGCCCUCCAGAGAUUUUCUACUAAGGAUGUUUGCUUUGUAUGUGUGGAAUACAAUACUAUGACGUUGACUUGGAACCAAGCUGACUCCAGCAAACCUUUGUAAAAUAAUAAUAAUAAUAAUUUUAUUCAUAAAGCUUUCCUCCUCAGUUUGCCCCCAAAGCAUAUGUCAUGUUUUAAAGGUGCAUCGGUCUUCUAUUUUGUUCCUUUGUUUGUACUUGGCAAAGUGACACUUUCUCUUAUGUGAAAUUCCUCAUUCCCUUAGAUCAGUGUCUCCCAACCAGGGGACAUAUGGUCCCGGGGGGGGCAGGAUAUUCCAAGGGGGCCACAGGUGAAAAAUGUGGAAAUAGGGGGCCAUAGCAAGAGGUUAGGGGGCUACAGAGGGAAGUGAGAAGUGAGGAAGAAAAAAGUACAGUGGUACCUCGGGUUAAGUACUUAAUUCGUUCUGGAGGUCCGUUCUUAACCUGAAACUGUUCUUAACCUGAAGCACCACUUUAGCUAAUGGGGCCUCCUGCUGCCGCCAUGCCGCCGGAGCACGAUUUCUGUUCUCAUCCUGAAGCAAUGUUCUUAACCUGAGGUACUAUUUCUGGGUUAGCGGAGUCUGUAACCUGAAGCAUAUGUAACAUGAAGCGUAUGUAACCCGAAGUACCACUGUAUUAUUAUUAUUUUAUUUAAAAAUCCUGAUUCGCUGGCUAUCUGCUUGGCCAAUCACAAGCGGGUAAGGGGACGGCCCACUAGGGCCUAAUGCUCCUUUUUGCCACGUCCAUUUUCUUGGAGCAGUCCUGGUUUGUUUCUAGCAGGUGGGGGCGAUCACUGAGGUUCUGGCUUUGACCAGCAGAGCCUGUGAUCCAGAACACUCAGUUCAGGUAAGUGUGGUGUUAGGCAAGCAAUGGGUAGGGCUGGGUGAGCCAGAGCUGUUUAUUGCUGCCACCAGUGCUGGGCCUGGUGGCAGUCUGAGCUUGGCUCUGCAAGGCGCAGGGUGAAAUCCACCCCAGCUAGGGUUACCAUACGUCCGAUUUUUCCUGGACAUGUUAAAUGACAAAAAUAGCAUCUGGGGGGAGUUUUUUAAAAAGGCUGACUUGCAUCUAGUAAAUAGCUGUCUAAGAAGAAAGCAGCACUGAGUGCAGUGGGCUUACUCCCAGGUAAGGGUGUGUGGGACUAUAGUGUUUCACCUAGGCAGCCAGAGCUCCUCCAGAAGACAAUAGCUUUUUGCACCUGGUCAGUGAGGAUCACUGGCUUUUUAAAAUUCUCUUAUAUAUACAAAACUCCAUAUGCGCCUUUUGGACUGUAGCUAAUGGUUUCCCUCUCUUUGUCAAAUAACUGGGGUCAAAUAUGUGUUGCUUGCUUUUUAUAAUACAUGGAAGAUGGAUCUCCCUUGGAAGGUCCAGGACUCUCCUUCCUUGGAGGUUUCUAAGCAGAGGUUGAAUGGCCAUCUGUCAUGGGGAUUGCACUAGAAAGAUGAUCCUUGGGCUCUUCCAGCUCUAUGAUUCUUUGUUUUUCCUGCUUCAACAGUAUUUCAUUAUGUUCCUAUCAUUUUAUGCAAUUGUAUUUUGUAUAAAUUAUAAAAGUUAUUAAUAAAAUAUGUUCUAUUUACAAACAAAACAUUUAAAUAGCUACCUUUCUACUGGAAUAAUGGGUGUGUGUGGCAUGGACACAGCCGGGAUUUUUGUUAGGGGGAAGACUUUUGUUGGGGGAGCAGAACUUCAGAUUUGUAUUGAUUUGUAUUGGUUUUUACUUAUUUGGGGGGCAGCUGCCCCCUGGCCCCCUCCCUUGGCUAUGCCCAUGGGGGGGCAAAAGAAGGAAACAAGGUCAUAAGGGAGCCACAGUCAGGAAAAGGUUGGGAAACGUUGCCUUAGAUCACAAACAAAGGGCUCAUCCGAACUUCCUUUUGUGCCACAUUUCUAGGCACAAGUCUGUGUUUGCCCCAUGAAAACUCGCUCUUUACUGCUGAAUCAGAGCAAACGGCAAUGUGCAGGGAACACAAAUUGCCAUUUGUUCCGAUUCUGCAUUAAAGAGCAGAUUUUCCUGGGGAAAGCGGAGGGGCAAACAAAGAAAAAGUGUUUGGACACAGAGCUUGAAAGGGCAGACCUGCGCCUAGAAAGUGUGGGCCAAAAAGUAAAUGUGGAUGGGUCCUGAGAGCCUUCUCUGCAUUUUUCAUAUUGCUACUAUUGGCAAUAUAUCAUGGGACCUUUAACAAGUGGAGCACAGUCAUACCUUGGAUCCCGAACUCCUUGCAGUCGAAUGUUUUGGCUCCCAAACGCCGCAAACCCACAAGUGAGUAUUCCGCUUUGCGAACGUUCUUUGGAACCCGAAUGUCUGACCCGGCUUCCACGGCUUCUGAUUCACUGCAGGAGCUUCCUACAGCCAAUCGGAAGCCGCACCUUGGUUUCCAAACAUUUUGGAAGUUGAAUGGACUUCCGGAACGGAUUCCAUUCAACUUCCGAGGUACCACUGUACUGCAAAAUAAGUUUCCUAAUAAAUUAUUCCAAAUAUUUUAUUAAGAAAGCAUUUUUUUUUUAAAUGGCCCAAAGUACUUCACAUGUAUUUCCCUUGAUAAUCAUGACAAUUUCCCUGUAAUUUAGGGCAGUAUUAUCUCCCUGCAUUAGAUCAAAGAUGGACGGGGGGUGGAGGUUGGUUGAGAAAUAGGGGAUUGCUUAAGAUGAGUUCACAUCUGAGGGGACAUUUGAACUGGAUCUUUUCCACUCCAUCACUCCAUUCUAUAACGCUAUGCUGCUCUCUGUGCAUGAUUUUAUGAUCAUUUAAUUUUAAUUCACUAGCAGUACUUACUGGCAAUAGUAUUCAUGUUAGCAAUGAACAUUACACUUGCAAAUGAUGUGUACAAAAAUAUGUACAUACCUUUGGGGGGCCUCACAGCAUCACACAACAUACAGGUGAAGAUGGUAGGUUUUUAUUUUUAUGGGAUUCUUGAAUGAAGUGCCAGGACUUGACUGGAGCCUCAAAUGACCUCCUUGUCCAUUUUACCUUCUCCAGUCCCUGUGGAUCUAUUCACCAAGACAACUGUGUUGCAAAGUAACAAAUUUUGUUGAAUGCACUCACACAGCUUCACACAAACAAAUAAAAGACAAUGCAAAAUAAAAGUGUCAUACAUUUCCAGAGAUGUGGUGUUUUGCUGGUAGAGGUGUUACCCAUCAGUUUCUCCAACAAGACUCCAAAUCAAGGGGUCACCCUGAGCUUAAUCCUCCACCCCUCUAAAUAUAUGUUCCAUACAUCAUUACCAUAUAUGUAUUCCAUACAUAGUAAUGAUGGACUUGCCAGUACUUAACUGCUCCUCCAAAUCUCCCCCUUUUCGUAUCACAUUGUAUGUGUGCCGUGCACAAAGUACCCAGUCAACUGAGCCCUAAUUCUCACUUCCCUUGUUCUGCUUGUCCCAGACAACAACAUAUUAUCUGAUAUUGAGCUCCAGCACAGUACACAUCAAAUUCCCAUUUGGUUCUGGCUCUCCGUCUCUACCCUAGACAUCCUUCAACAAAUCCUGAGCCAAAUACAUUUCCACCUGAAAGCCUGUGUUCAUCAACUUUCUAUUUAAGAAUCAUGCCCAAGAAUUUUCCUGCGUGUUGGGACAAGAGUUAACUUCUUCCUUUCUGUGAGCGUCCAGCUAUUUAUGUCUGUUUCAGUCUUUGUGAUCUCUGUGUCCAUCCUUUUUCUUCCUAUAGCUCAUCACGGUAAGGUUGUUGCAUACAUAUCUGUGUACAUGUAUGUGCGUGCUAUUUUAGUCCCACAACAGGUAAAGGUAAAGGGACCCCUGACCAUUAGGUCCAGUCGUGGUUGACUCUGGGGUUGCGGUGCUCAUCUCGCUUUACUGGCCGAGGGAGCUGGCGUACAGCUUCCGGGUCAUGUGGCCAGCAUGACUAAGCCGCUUCUGGCAAACCAGAGCAGCACACGGAAACGCCGUUUACCUUCCCACCAGAGCGGUACCUAUUUAUCUACUUGCACUUUGAUGUGCUUUUGAACUGCUAGGUGGGCAGGAGCUGGGACCGAGCAACGGGAGCUCACCCCGUCGCAGGGAUUCGAACCGCCGACCUUCUGAUCGGCAAGUCCUAGGCUCUGUGGUUUAACCCACAGUGCCACCCACGUCCCCCCACAACAGGUAGAGGCUGCAUAUUUUUUAAAGGGCAGGAGUGAACUCUUAGCUCCCAUUCAUGAGCAAUUACUCAUAUAUCUGCUCUUGCUGACAACUUCCCAACAACUUCUGCGUAGAAUGAGGUUUCUGACAUUUUCAUUCUGUUAUUGAAGCUCCUUCAAUACCUGCUUUUUAUAAUAUUCCCUCUCAUCUAGGGUUUUAUACUUGAGUCCACGGAGGUUCAGAACUUUUUUCUGACAUCUCCUGUUUAAUACCCAAGAAGCCAGAACACUCAGGAGACCAUGCUUUCAUGCUCUGUAGUCACAUCGAGAUCAAGUGAAUUUUUACCUUUAUGUUCCAUCAGUGUUACAUAUUCUAACCUGAUUCAGGGCAGGAGGAGGAAAUGUAAUCCAUUAAUUCAGACUCAUGAACAGGCGCUCAGCUCUCCCUUUCCAGCCUUUUCUAUAUCUGGCACUGAUAAGAGCACUUUGAUUCAAGUAGGCUUGGCUUGGUGUCUCAGGGCCAGGCAGAGGCCAUGGGUAGCUUUAUGAGGAAUCAAACCUUUAGCAGGGGUGGGCAAAAGGCAGACUGAGAUCUGUUGGUAGAUCUCACUUGUUUCGCAAAGAGUUUGUGACCCCCUAUUAAUAGCAACAAUUAGAAUAUGCUUCCCCACCCCCAGACCCUCCAAGUGUCAUUUUCCACGGAUGCCCCUGAUUUAGAGAAGCCAUCUCGGUUUCUGACUUGAUCCCAGAAUGUCCUGCUUUUCCUUAGGAUGUCCCUAUUUUCAUUGGAGAAAUGUUGGAGAAAUGGAAAUGGAGUUAUCCGACCCCCAAGCCGUCUGAAGGCAAUCCUGUAUAGGGAAGUUUUUAAAAAAAUGUUUAAUGGUUUGUUAUGUUUAUAUAUAUAUAUAUGUUGGAAGCCACCCAGAGUGCUGGGGCAACCCAAUAAGAUGUGUGGGGUAUAAAUAGUAAAAUUAUCAUUAUGGAAUGGGAUGUCCCUAUUUUCAUCAGAGAAAUGUUGGAGGAUAUGCUCCCCCACACUUAAAUUAGGCUCCUGAAAAUAAUUAGGCCCCAUGAAAAUGGGGAGUGUAUUUUUGUGCAUGUAAAAUGACUUAUCUGGUACUGAUCACAAAUUUCUGGGCUUACAUGUGCCCAGAGAUACCCUUUUCCUUAAUUCCUCCCCAGCUGAGCCGUUGUUUUACAGCUGAUUCUAGGGACCCUGUUCACACCUGACACAGAGUGUGUGUAACCCACAGCCCCCAGUGCCCUUUGCUGGAGACUGGAGUGUAAUAGAAUAAAGGAGUCUGCUCCGUUGGUCAGGUGAGGGCAGAAGGCCAGGCUUCUAGUUAAGGAUGUAAGAAGGCAUCAUUUUCUGCUCCACCACACAUUCAUCACAUGCAGCACUGUUUCCAUUUCACUGCAACUCGUGUUCUUCUAAAAACUAUGCUUAUGUGUUCCAAAAUUACAUCACUUACAUAAGUUACAUAAAUGAUGUACUUUGUCAUUACACGAUCUCUAUUCAUUUCAAUGCAACAGCAAUGUGAUACAAAUCGAGAGGAAAAAAUGUAAUCGAUUGCAUAUGAAAGAAGCAACAACAAUGAAUACCAAUCAUAUCCACAAAUUGAUUUCCAUUCCAUACAUGGGAUGAAUAAGUGAACAUUGGCAAUUUCCACUCCAGUUUCCAUUGAAGUUUCCCAACACCCCUUCUCCUAGUACUAUUUAUAGAAGCCCUGGCCAAUCCAGAGCUUUCAUAUCACCUGCCCAUCACAGGGAGCGGAUGUGAUCUUCUUUUCUGUGCCUUAGAGCCCACAGCCCUGGAUAAAUUACUAGGCUAUGUUCCAGAUUAUGAGGUUCCCUUUUCAACAAGUCCCAGGUCUCCUGGCAAACAGCUUAAUCUGCAAUAUGAUCGUAUUGAUUUGCAAACUAGAAAGCUGUGUGCUUACAUAAAAAUUUGAUUUCCCCUGGAAGUGUUAAGAGCAACUCUGGCAUACAGUAGACGGCUAAGGAAGCUGUGGAAUCACCUACCUAAAGCUUGGUAAAGGAGAACAACUGUGUACCUGCCAUGGAUACCCCCAGAGUUUCCUUUUUUUUAUUUCUGUGCUCAUAAAGAGCUUUCUGGAGGGCAGAAGUAUUUCCAAAAAAAAAAAAAAAGCCUCUUAAAAAAAAGGUCUUGUUUGCUGUAAUUGGGUUGUAUCAAACUAAGUUCUGCUUAGAGUGUCUGCUCUGAAGAUAAUGAAUCUAAGUUAGUCAUGCCCACUAAUUUCAGUGGGUCUACUUUGAGUAUACUAGCAUUAGAUAUCACCCAUUGUUUUCCCUAUCUUCUGCUGUUUGAUACCAGUAUUUUUUGUUAGGGUUUCUUUCACCUUCCUAGAGUGAUAUCAACCUCUCAGAGAUUACAUACUGAACUAAUGUCAUCAAGGCACUACACUGUCAAUCUGACUGAGCUCUAUGAUGGCAUCACUAGGUUGUAUGGAGUGUUAGGGAAGAAGCAGUAUCUCUGGCGGGGGACAUGCCAUGCUCCUUCUGGGGUACAAGGAAGUAGACCAGGCUGUCAGGAAGGUCCCAGCCUGUGAACACAUGUUCCUGCUGGGAGAUGUCAAUGUCAGCAUUGGGGAUGAAUUCCAAACAAAGAUGUGCUCUCUCAUUCUCAGCAUGCUUGUACCUCUGUCUCAGUGACAUCUAUGCAGGCUUGGUCAUGCCCACAGAAUGAAAGACAGCAGGAUUCCCAAGUAUGUGCUCUACAGGGAGCUGGCUUAAGGUACCAGGCCAUUGGCAGGCAAACUCUGCAUUACAAAUAUGUCAGCAAACAUGACAUGAAGGCUGGCAACAUUAACCUCACUAUGUGGGAUUCCCUUGCAAAUGACCUCAGUGCCUGGAGGCAACUGGUCAAGUCAUCUGUCCCCGGCAUUGACCAGAGGAGGAAUGACCACUGGGAGGAUAGCAGAAAGAAGAAAGGCCUGCAUCAGCACAACCGGACACCUUCAUCUGCCCCAGCUGCAACGAAACAUGUCUCUCCUGUAUCGGCUUCUACAGCCACAGCAGACACUGUAACUCUGCAAUGGUUUGACUUCACUCCCCAAAGGUAAACUCUUGCCGAGACCAUUUCCCAAGACAGAAGGGUACCAACUGAGGACAAAAAAAGCCAACUGAGAAUGUAAGCAAUUCUUCUUGUAUCAGCCACAUGGGUGAUCCCAGCCAACUGAAUCAAUGAUUCCCCUCACUCUGCAUGGAUGAGCACCUUUUUCCUCUUUCAGUGCCACUUCCCCAAAGGAAUCCAUGAAAAUGUUCAUGAAAACCAGUUCCCAUUUUGGCUCUUCCCCAGCACACUAUGCUGUCCAGGAUGGAUUUUUAGUGAAUCCUGCCAUAGUGCAGGAGACCAGAUGUAGGAGACUCUGGAUAAUAAAUCAAUAAUGCUUUCUUUGCUGUAGGAACAGAGUUCAUUAUUGAUGGGAAAGAAAGGGGAAAGUAAUAUGCACUUCAUUUUUUAAAAGGAAACAAAACUAAAGGUUUGUAAAACAAUUGCCCUUGGGAUUUCAGUUAUUCUAGCCCGUAUUCUAGUACAGCUUGGGGGCAACCUGUCAGUUUUGUGCAAGUAUAUUUCAUCUAAAACAAAUGCUAUGACAGUCACAGAGGCCACAAAGAAAACCCCUGGACUACCAAAGUGUAAAUGAGCAAUCUCCAUUAUGAAAAGGGCAGCAGAGAUCUGGGGAAUGCUUUCGUUGACCUAUUUUGAUGGGAACUUUGCUGAUAAAUGCACACAAUACAGGUUAGAGAGGAAUCCAAUUAUAAAGCGAUUAAGAAAGCACAGCCUGUCAACUUCCUUGAUUGGCUGAAUGUGUGUAACCUUCUCUUAUUAACAGGAGGUGUCAUGCAUACAAUGCACCUGGCACAAAGAAGAAUGCAGGAUCCAUAUGGAUGCACCAUUUGCAUACAAAGCUGCAACAGUCCAUUUUGAAUAUGCCUCACUUUACCAUCGUCAAAGCUGUACAAGGGUCAUGUCUAAGGCUCCAAGUUCCGUAGAUGAUGGAAUUUAGCCGGUUAGGAAAACACUAAUGAAAGAAACAGAAGAACCAUUUUGUAAAUAUUGGAUGAAAGGUUUCUGCUAAUGGUCUUUAUAACCCUUCAUUUUAUCAAAAGUUGUGUCCAUCGUUAUGCCAAAUUAAUCUGGAACAGCAUUUUAGUUGAAUAAAAGUUUGCUACGUAUUUAUCGUUCUGACCAAUGAGGUCAAUUAAAUAUGUGGCAAAAUAUUGUGACUCCUUAAAGACUGACAUACAUACAUGCUGCAAUGUAUUAUUAAUAUUAGCUUUAUACAGUGGUAUCUCGGGUUAAGAACUUAAUUUGUUCUGGAGGUCCAUUCUUAACCUGAAACUGUUCUUAACCUGAGGUACCACUUUAGAUAAUGGGGCCUCCCGCUGCCACAGCGCUGCCACCACACAAUUUCUGUUCUCAACCUGAAGCAAAGUUCUUAACCCAAGGUACUAUUUCUGAGUUAGCGGAGUCUGUAACUUGAAGCGUCUGUAACCUGAGGUACCACUGUAUUCCACCUUUCCUCUAAUGAGUUCAAGGUUCUUCCUCUCCCCAUUUUACCCUCACAACAACCCUGUGAGGCAGCUUAGGCUGAGAGACAGUGACAGGCCCACGGACACCCAGUGAGCAAUAUGUCUGAGGGGAGCUUUUUAACCCUGGUAUCUCACAUCCUAGUCCAACACUCUAAGCCAGUGGUUCUCUAGCUUUUUUCUCUGAACCACACUUUCAAAAUAAAAAUUGGCUUGCGCCAAUUUUUUGAUUGAUAAGAAAUAUAUUGGAAAACAAAAGGAAACAACUCCUAGCAGUUGUAUAGUUGUAGAUUUGUAUAUUAGGGAACAGGUCCAUAAAACUGCAUAUAGCAGAGAAAAUAACAGAUAAUAAUGCAUUAAGGUAAAUUGCUUGUGGGGAAAUGUGUACAUUAGGCAAAAUGACAUACAAACAUGAGUUUAUUAGGAGAAAUUCACACAAUACUGCUGAUGCAUAUUCAUGAUGACUUAAAAAAAUACUACGAACAGUUAUGGAAAUGUGGCAAACUGAACACAAGACUGGAAAACUGAGAAAUUGAGAGGUACCAAAAUAAGCAAAUUUGCCCAUCCCUAUUGUAGCAUAGACUCUGUUCUUAUUGUUCCCAGAGGUCACAUUGUUCCAUGAGGUCACAUGGAAAGUUCUCCAGCAGCAGUAGGAGGGCCGUUCACCUCCUACACAGUUAGGAGGCCUCUACCUUCAGAAUAAAUCAUCCUCUAUCCUGUGUUCCCUAGUUAGAAAUCUGAAAAGAUAUCCACAUGAUAAGGGGUGGUUGUAGUGUCCAGAUGCAAACAUUGAUGAUUCUGCUUCAUUUUGCAUCUAUUUUUUUAGAUAUCAUUAGUUAUUGUGCAGAGAUGGGAAUUUCCAUAUUUGGGAUGCUUGUGGUUUAAUUAGACAACCUUCAUCCUGGUGGUGGGCGUUCAUUAAAAGUUUGUCCUACGCAGUAUGAUCUUGGCCCGUAAUGAAACCCUGAGCUGCCAUCCUUGCCAAAUUAGCAGAGAAUCAAAACAAACAGGCCAUCUCCAUGGCCCUUUUACUGCAUAUAAAAAUGUGCAAAAACAUUUUUAAAUCUCCUGGAACAAUCUGUUUGGAUAAGAUGUUAAUGCAUUUAUUGAAGAUGUUGACAUUUAAGAGAGAAAUUUAUGGUUCAUAAAGAGAGACACAGUGAUUCCCACGUUGGACUGUAAAAAUCAGGGAAGUGACACAUGUUGAUUGCAAGUCAACACUUAAAAGUAACAAAUGAGUCUCUAAAUUAUAUUUAUAAACUUUAUGUACUAGUUGCUACUUAAAUACUAACCUUAUAGGAAUUAUUCAGGAAGCCAGGGCAUGGACAUUUUAGUGUGUGUGUGUGUGUUUAAUGAUCAAAUGGUUUGAAGGAAAUGUAAAAUUGAUAUUUUUUUUCUAUAUUUCUGUAUAUAUCUGAAAGCUGCUUUGCCAUACUAAAGAGUGUCAGAAUAUGAAGAAGUUGCUUGUCACUGAUCCUGGACUCAUGAACUUUGACCUUUCCUCCUGCACCAGGCUCAUUCCUGGUGUAGUGGUUAAGAGCAGUAGUCUCGUAAUCUGGUGAACAGGGUUUGCUUCCCCGCUCCUCCACAUGCAGCUGCUGGGUGACCUUGGGCCAGUCACAUUUCUUUGAAGUCUCUCAGCCCCACUCACCUCACAGAGUGUUUGUUGUGGGGGAGGAAGGGAAAGGAGAAUGUUAGCCGCUUUGAGACUCCUUCGGGUAGUGAGAGCUUCUUCUUGUGAGAGCUCUAGUACUGGAUUAGAUCAUUUCCUGCUGAUGAGUCUGUAUCAUUGCUCUGCCUUAAUAAAGACUACUUCUUUACAAGUAAGAGCAUCCAUUAUUGUUUUGUGGGGUGGGAGUCAGGACGCUCAGCUUAUGUUGGUGCAUCCAUUCAAACACCUCCAUCACAGCAUUUCUCCCUUUUCCCAAGCACACAUGAGCUUUAUAUGAUGGGGUGGCAAGCAAACAGCAUUACCAAAAUCAAUAACAAAUGCAAAUGUUUCCCUAUUUCAAGGUCUUCACUGGAUAGAAAGUUCUCUAAUCGUUGGUUGGGCAGAAAGGACUGUAACCAAUCAAGCUUAGGACUGAAAAAGUGACCCAAGUGCAGGAGAAGGCUAAGCCACAGGUCAUUUAAGGGCAUGACCUUACCUGGGAAUUUGACCUGUUCACAAGUUACUCCAUGGAAGGACACAAUGCCUCUCAAAUGUUCCAGAACUGUAUCACUUGAUAAAAGUAACAGUGGAGAAAGAAGCAGAAGAUGCUGCUUUCAUGUGUGCAUUUCUACAAGGAAUGCUUCUUUUUAAUCAUGAAAACUUGCGUUUAAAUAUCAGUUGAAGUACAUAUUGUAACAUAUUUCCUCUCAAAAUACACAUUUUAUGUGUGUUUUAUUUUUUUGGUUUAUUAUUAUUAUUAGCUGGGAAUUAGGUUGGAACAUUUGGAAAAUGUGCCUACAUUCUGGUCACCACAGGAGUGCAGGAGGUACAGAUCAGGUCACUUCCUAUUAGAAUUUUUUAAAAAGACUUGAUUUUUCAGGCAUCUCUACUUAUAAUGUGCAGGUUACACAAAUCCUGGACUGUUUACAGUAUAUUUGUGUGACUGUACUUUAUUGCACCUUGCCUGCUUUGCAAAACUCUCUCUCUGUGUGUUUGUAUGCUAGUUUAUAGAUUUGUGUAGCGCUUAUCACCGCGGUAGUUAUUGUGAUGGAACGUUUUGAUCAAUGUUGUAAGCAUUUUCCUACUCAUAAAAUCAUUCGAUAUUUACAUUCUGUGAAUUAUACUCUCUCUCUGUGGUUCCUGCAAGAAGCUGAAAAGGAGGUAUAUUACAGUCUCACUCUUAUUAGGGUAUCUUCAUUCGAGAGUCAUAGAAGAAGCCUUCUCAUUCUCAUGCACCUAAUCCAUGCCUGAUAGCAUCAAUAACAAUAUUUUGUCAGUGGUUUUCCAUUUAUGUGAAAGCUGUUAAAUGGAAGAAUGCCCACGUACUCACUUUCAUAUUGUCAUGAUGGCUGGUCUACAUCUGAUGAAUUUCAGUUUUAGCUGCAAAUAAUCCAAUAUAACCCAAGACUCCUGUCCAAUACUAAUUGUACUCAUUCGAGUAGGCCCAUUGAAAUUAAUGGACAAAACUAACUUAGGACAGAUCCACACUUAAAGCACAGCCACUGCACAUUGAAAGCACAUGACUUCCCCAAAGGAUAUUGAGAAAUGUAGUUUCCACCUCACAGGGUUACAAUUCCCAACACCUUCAACAAACUACAGUUCCUAGGAUUCUUUGGAGAAAGCCAUGUGUUUUAAAAUGUGUCUUCAGUGUGCUUCAAAUGCAUGUCAUGGAUCUGGGCUAUGUUAAGAGCGCUAUAGGAAACAUUUCUGAACCAAAAUGGUAUGUGGUGGAUGUAAAUAAAGGUAAGAAUAUAAGAAAAGCAGUGCUGGGUCAGACUAAAUGUGCAUCUUGUCUAGCAUUCUGCUUUCUAGCCAGAUGCUUCUGGGGAGUAUAAAGGGCUGGAGGAAUAGCAAUCAUAAAACUCUGCCCCGGUGAUCAUACAAGUCUUGUGGUUUUUGCAGGGCAGUGGAGGGAACACAGCAGGGAAGGGGUAGAGAUGACAUAGCAAGCAGAUGAAUAAUUAUUUUUGUUUAUUCUAAAAUAUUUAAACACCACCUUCCUGCUAAAAUCAAAAUAGAACCUAGUUAACAAGGUUUAAAAGCAGAGAGAGAGAGAACAAGCAAAUGAAAUCAUAAAAAUAGACCAAAACAAUAGAAAGAACAAGGCGGGGUAGUGCAGGAAAAGAACACAGCAAAGGAACAUUAACUCUCAACCCCAAAAGCCAUCAAAAACAAAGUCUAGAUGUGGAUAUGUGUCCUUAAGUUGUCCCCCCCCCCAAAAAAAAGGGGGAGUAACAGUACAAUCUUGUACAAAAGUAUUCUCCACUGAGUUCAAGAGGGAUUAUGUAAGUAUUUAUAAACUGCAUUGCAUUAUGGUCUAAAAGCGGGGGUAGGGACAAAAUUUCAGCCCAAGGGCCACAUUUUAUUCUAGACAACCUGAGGGCCACACGCCACUGCUAGGUGAAGCCAGAGGUAAAAGUGGGUGGAUGUAGUGUAUGUAUCUUUGUAGUGCCAGGCAGUUUCUCCACACCUUCACACACCCCUCUGUAUUCUCCACCCAGACAUGCAAGGGUCGUUAUCAGAGUUCAAGGACACAUUCCAUUCAGGCAAAAACACACAAGGAGGGUGUGGCACAAGCAAAGUGAUGGCCUGGGAAGAGGUCCAAGGGCCAGGUGGAGAGAACUGGGGUGAGGGGCAUGAGGCUCCCCACCACUGUGCUAAGGAGUUAAACAAAUACACUUGGCCAGGUGCAAAAUGCCAAUACAGUGGUACCUCAGGUUAAGUACUUAAUUCGUUCUGGAGGUCCGUUCUUAACCUGAAGCACCACUUUAGCUAAUGUGCCGCCGCGCCGCCGGAGUACGAUUUCUGUUCUCAUCCUGAAGCAAAGUUCUUAACCCGAGGUACUAUUUCUGGGUUAGCGGAGUCUGUAACCUGAAGCGUAUGUAACCUGAAGCAUAUGUAACCUGAUGUAUCACUGUAUUUCUAUGAAAGGGCUUCCUGUGGUUGUGGGGAGACUGGGGAGGGGGAGAGAAAUCCUAUUGUAAAGCUAGAAUGGAGGGUAUGCAUUGAAUGUAGAUCAGAAAGGAAAUAUGCAUCCAGCGAGUUCAUGCCCUGUCCUUCAGUAGAACUUCCAAAGUCUCCGCAGGUGUACCCAAAAUGUGCUGCUUCCUAAAAUAGACCAUUCAUUCUAUUUCAGUAUCUCCUUUUUUACCUCUCUCUUUCUCAUCUUUAUUCUAGAUGCUAAUGCCUAGCUACUAG